AUGGUUUUGGCUUCAAGGUUAGGAGCUGAAUUUAGGAGCUUGAAGCUUCUUCACCGUUGUUUUGAUAAUGACUGUUACCCAUUUGAUUGUUGUUCUCACAUAAUAGAGUCUCUCCCGAAUGCUAUUGUUCAAUACGUAUUGUCAUAUAUGAAUAAUGCCCAAGAUGUCGCACUUUGCAAUUGUAUAUCGAAGCGAUGGAAGGACUCACUUCCAUAUCUUCGGAGCCUUUACUUUCCUAGGAACUCUUUUGACAAUCUCACAGGCAGUGACACUCCUGAUGACAUUGUAUUGAAGAUGAUUUCUCUGAUUGAACGAUUAGAAACUCUUGUUGUGUAUAGCCCAUUUUCGAGUGCUGGGCUUGCUUCAUGGUUGGCCGUAACAGGCCCCUCGCUUAGGUAUCUUAAGCUUCGGAUGGACAAUCUUGCUGAGCAAGAGGUCUGUAAUGAUUGUCCUUCGAAAUUGGAUUGUUUAACUGCUGCAAAGAGUUUGGAGUCUUUAAAGCUUUGGGGAGUCUUGAUGACUUGUUCCCCCGAGUGGGAUGUAUUCCUGAAUCUCAAGAACCUUGAAAUUGUUGGUGCAAGGUUGGAGGAUCCUGCAUUGUCAACUGUGCUUCGGGCCUGUCCUAAUCUGACCAAACUGGUGUUGCUUGGUUGCGAAGGAAUUGUUGUUUCAAUUGAGUUGCCACAUCUGGAGCAGUGUAAGCUAGACUUCGACGGCUUGGGAAAUUGCUCAUUUUCCAUGAAAUGCCCAAAAAUUGAAGUCAUUGAGGUGCAAGGCUGUAGUUGGAUUCGGGUUCAGAAGACAAAGCACCUGAGGAAUCUUUCGAUUGCCAAUAAUGCAGGUAAUAAAUACCUUUGUAUCUCUGAUGACUUGAAAUGA